GGCACUGCGGGCGCAGGCUGGCUGCUUUGGCGGGUCCUCAAACCUGGAUGGCCUUUGCUUUAAGUUUUCCCGCGGGUUUAAGGAAAGCGGCCAGCAGUCUCAAGGAGAGGAGACAAGAUUCCGGCUCUGGAAGCACGGGUCCGGUGCGGGGGAGACCGGGUUUCAGCCCCGGGAAUCCGCUGUCUGCCACAGGAGAUUGUCUUAGCCCCAAAAGAGCCUCCUCCGAGGGAUAGUCGGGAAACCCUUCCCGAGGUGGGAGACGCGGGCCCUGCUUUCCGAGAGCUCCUCUAAAGCAGAAGAUGACCCAGGACCGACCAUUGCUUGCUGUACAGGAGGCCCUGAAGAAGUGCUUUCCCGUGGUGGAGGAGCAGCAGGGCCUGUGGCAGGACACGCUGAGGGACUGCCAGCCCCUCCUGGCCUCCCUCAGCAAUUUGGCCGAGCAGCUGCAGGCGGCGCAGAAUCUGCGAUUUGAGGAUGUGCCGUCACUUCGGGUCUUCCCAGAUUUAAAGGAGCGGCUGAGGCGCAAGCAGCUGGAGGCCGGUGACACUGCCCUGGACAAGCUAGGGGAGAAGCUAGCUGCCCUCCUCAAGGUGCGUGACACAGUCAGCAGCCACGUGGGACAAGUGCUUCAGAUCUAUGAGCAGCAUGCAGACACAAUCGGCAUUGAUGCUGUCCUGCAGGCUUCAGUUGUGAGCCCCUCUGUGGCUGACAUGUUGGAAUGGUUGCAAGAUAUUGAGAGACAUUAUCGAAGUUCGUACCUGAAGAGAAAGUACCUCCUGUCCUCAGUCCAUUGGGGAGACUUGCCAAACAUCCAAGCUUUGCCCAAGGCCUGGGACCGAAUUUCGGAAGAUGAACACCAAGACCUUGUACAAGAUAUCCUGUUGAAUGUUUCCUUCUUCCUGGAAGAGUGAGGAAGCCGUGUAUUUAUUUGGAGGCCAGGGGACACAGUCGAAGACUGAUGGUGCUGCAUCCUGGUAUUUCUAAAGAACUUUCAGUAUUGCAACCUGACAUAUUUGAAAAAUCAGUGUCUAGAGCCCAAGGGCUGGCUUUUGGGAGGAUUGUGCUAGACGUUUCUGAUGCUGGGGCUUCUCCCUGCCAGGUCCUGGCUGAGGGUACAUGGGCCACCCAUCGCCCUUUCCUAAGGCUCAGGGGAGUGGAUGGAGGCAGAGAGAAUGGAGAAGAGCAGAGGAGCACAGGGCACAGAAACAGCAGCCACAGAAGUGGGCGGGAAGGAAAGGACAGGGGUAGAGAUUAGUGACACUGGCCUGGGCGUCGUCCAGAGCUCUGAGCCUGGUUGAUACCAGGCCCUGGUUUUGUGUCAGUCUCAACUCCUUGAAGAAAGAGAAAGUGAAUUUGGUGAUUUAAAGAAAUAAGAGUGAUAUUGAUGGAAAACAGUCAUUGUUUUCCAAUUGCAGUAGCUCCUUAUCAGCAAGCCCAUUUUAGUUCCCAGAGCCUCCCACCAGGGGGAGGUGGUGCAGCGUGAAUGAUUCUGAACGCUUGGUCUGGGAAGGCGCUCUCCCAUUGCUCUUAUGAUCUGAGAGUAACGGGAUAGUGGGACUCCUAAAGUGACAGGCUUUUUUUUAAACCAAAGCUGGCAACUGAUUUUGCCACAUUCCUCUGAUGUUGGAGUAGCUGCGUGGGUGGGAGAACACUACCCCCGAGUCAGGUGAUCAGGGUUGUUUCUGAGGCCCAGUGUCCUCAUCUGUGAAACGGUGGUGGUACUUAGACCCAUCAACUUCCUAGGCUGUUGUAAAAAUCUGGAUCGUUGGGUAUAAAGGGGCUUAAGAAAGAGUAUAGAUAUUUUUCAAAAUAAAAAUGACCCUUUUAUUCUUAUUACAAAAGUGAUAUAUGCUUUUUAAAAAAAUCAUAGGAAAAUUAAAAAAAAAGUAAUGUACGAAAGUAUAAAACAAGCUCCAUCAGAGAGAUUUUGAUCUGUAUCCUUUCAGUGUCCAUAUUCACAAAUUAAAAAAGAAAAACAAAUAUAUCAUUUAUACAUAGUGUUAUUUGAAUGUCUUUUUAAAAAAUAUAUAAUUUGGCCAUCUUUUCAUAUCUGUAAAUAUAGAGCAACACAGUUAUGUACCAUCAUGUACACUAUUAUAUACCAUUUUAUGAAUAUUAUAUCUUACAUUUUACCUAUGUUUUUCCAGAUCUUCAUGUUUGCCUACUUAUAAAGAUAAUACAUUCUGAUGGUAAAAAAUUGAAGUAUUACAGAAAGUGAAAGUGCACGUUGUCUACCUACCAGAUAACUGUUUUUAGCAAUAUGAUAUACUUCCAGGAAUUUUUAAAAAAUCUAGUCUAUCACAUGCAUAAUAAUUGUAAAUAAAACAACUCAAAAGACAUUUGGGUGUCUGGUCUUAUGAUGUGUUCUGAGGACAGAGAUGAAAGAGAGCUCUACAAAGGUUUAUAGUUCAACCAGGGAAAGAUUUAAACCAGUGUUUCUCAAGCUCUAAUGUGCAUAUAAAUCACUGGUAUCUUGUUAAAAUUUAGAUUCUGAUUCCGUAGGUCUGGAGCGGGGCCCUAGAUUCUGCAUUUCUAAUGAGUUUCCAGGUAAUGUUGAUGCUAAUGAUGCAAGGACCAGACUGAGUUGAAGAGAUUUAAGUUGUAAUACAAUAAUUAAAGUGUUGUGUUUGAGGUUAAAACAGAAUGCUGUGGGAGAACAGAGGUGAUAACUACCUGCUUAUGAGAAUACUUCAUAGUGGCAGUGACACCUGAGUUAGGCCUGAGGCUAAUUUGACUUGGUUGCUAGGAGAGGCAUGCAGCGUUUGCGAAAGAAUGGGAGGCAACACGUAUCAAAAGUUUGUGCUGGGCAUUGUGCUUAUUGCUUUAUACAAAAUUCAAAGGCUACAGGAGCAUAUUCAGUGAAAACCUCUCCCCAAGUUACUCAUUUCCAUUUCCUGGAGGCAACCAAUGUUAAAUGUUUCUGGUGCAGUCUUCCAAAACUUUUCUUUGCCUAUAUAAGUGCAGUGCUGGGUAUCCUCUAAGAUAGCCCCCAGUGAUCCUACCUCUAGGAGUAUUCACACCCUUGUACAUCUGCUCCCUUUCAGUGUGGGCUGGACUUACAGAUUUCCUUCUGGGGAAAAGAAUACUGCACAAGUGACGGGAUGUCACUUCUGAAACUAGGUUAUGAAAAAAGACUGCAGCUUCUCUCUUGGGUGCAGUUGCCCACUCUCUUGGACCACUCACCCUGGGGGAUGUCACCGGCGAUGCUGGGGGGCAGCCCUGUGGAGAGCUCAUGUGAGAGACCAAUGCCUGCCGACAGCCACCUGAGUGAGCUUGGAGGCAGAGCCUCUCUUCCCUGGUUGAACCUUCAGGUGAUACCACAGCCCCAGCUAACAGCUUGACUACAACCUCAUGAAGACCUAAGCCAAAGGCAACCAGCUAAGCUGUGCCCGGAUUCCUGAUCCGUGGAAGCAGAUAAUAAAUGUUUAAAGUCAGUAAGUUUUGGGGUAAUUUGUUCCACAGCAAUCAAUAAUACAACAAGUAAAUAUGUUUUUAUGUGUUCUCCAUAAUUUUGUAUGAAUAGUAGCAUACUAUAUACCCAGUUUUGUACCUUGUUUUUUCUACUUGCUGUAUCUUGGAGGUCGUUCUAUGUAAAUACAUAAAGAGCUUUAAUUUUUUCUCAA